AUGGAGUUGGACACCGGCGCUAGUGUGUCGACCAUUGAUGAUGGCAAGUUUGCCGAGCUUUUUCCGUCGGUGCCGUUGGAGCCAUCGAGUGGGCGGCUGAGAAGUUUUUUCGGCGACAUGAAACGCGUCCAGGGAAAGCUGGAAGCAAUGGUCAAACUUGGCGACAAGAAGCACCAGCUACCACUAUUUGUCGUGAAAGGGGCGUGUCCCACGCUGUUUGGACGAAGCUGGAUGAAGGCCUUCAAGCUAGGAAAGCCAACUGUGCUUGUCACUGAUGCAUCUCCCUUCGGGAUUGGAGCAGUACUGGCGCAACGAGAGUCAUCUGGAGAAGAGCGCCCUAUUGGUUUUGCCUCCCGCAGCCUGGCAACCGUGGAGAAAAACUACAGCCAGUUAGAUAAGGAGGCAUUGAGCCUUGUAUUUGACGUUACAAAGUUCAGGCAGUACUUAUGGGGCCGGCAAUUCGAAGCCGUCACAGAUCACAAACCGCUGCUCGGCUUGCUCGCAGCAGACAAGCCAGUUCCCGAAUCCUGUUCUCCGAGAGUGCUAAGGAACACCUAUUUUUUUAUCGCAGUCGAUGUGUUUUCGAAGUGGAUUGAAGUGAUCCCGGUCUCUACACCCUCGGCUGAAGCAACUAUUUCCUGCAUGCGCACUAUGUUCACAAACCAAGGCCUUCCAGAUGUGGUCGUGUCGGAUAAUGGGCCAGCAUUUACCAGUGAGCAUUACUCCACAUUCCUCAAUAAAAACGGGGUGAGGCGAAUGCUGGUGCCGCCGUAUCAUCCAGCGCCAAACGGUGCUGCAGAGUGGGCCGUGCAGACUGUCAAAAACAAAUUGCGGAAGGCUGGCCAUGGAGAUAUUCGCACUCAAAUUGCCCGCAUCCUCCUGACAUACAGGUCAACGCCUCACGAGGUCGCGGGUUGUUGUCCGUCGGAGCUGUUGUUGGGGCGGAAGCUGAGGACUGCGUUGGACCUGCUACACCCAGACCUCAGGACCAAGGUGCUACAGAAGCAACUUAAGCAGAAAAUCAGAUGCGACCAAGGAACAAGACCCAGGGUUUUGGGCCACCCGGGUGACCAGGUGUUCGCAAGGAACUUCCGUCCAGGACUUGCGUGGCUCCCUGCAGUUGUCACCGAACAACGCACUUCGUCCAUGGAUAUUCUACUGGAAGACGGACGACGGUUAACUCAACAUCUGGAUCACAUCCGCCAGGCCCCUGAGGAACUGAGUGCAGACACUCAAAAAUCAGGCAGCCCAGUAUCUACCGGUCUUGCUCCAAGCUUGGACGUGGGUCAGACGCAGCUAACUGGUCUUGCUCCAGGCUUAGACGUAGGUCAGAGGCAGCUAUCUCCGGAUCGUCUUCACGACACAGAGUCUAGGCAAGAUCCCAGGGAAGACGUGGCGAGGGAACCGGAACUUGCUGUCACAGCACGCAGUACUCCUGUCCUGCGUCGAAGUACCAAAAUUCGACGACCAGUAUCGCGCUAUUAA